AUGGAGCACCCGGACGGCCGGAAGACCUUCUGGACCUACCUGCAGGAAGAAGACCACAGCUGCCCCCUUCAGACCCCACGACCUGGCCUCCUCGGCCGCAGCCUCCCCCGAUGCCCCGCGGUUUUCCUCCACGACGGCCACCACCGCCCCCUCGUCCCCGGCCGCCUGCCCCUCCCCCUGGACCCUCUCCCCUCUUUCCCCUCUUUCCCGCCACGGCCGCAGACACCGCCGCCCCCCCCUNCCCCCCGCGGCUCCCCCGUCCCCGCCCUCCUCGCCCACGGCUCCUCCCUCUUCACCGCCCACUCCGACCACCGCGUCCGCCUCUGGUCCCUCUCCUCCCCCUCCCCUUCUCCUUCCACCUCUUCCAUAUCCUCCUCCUCCUCCUCCGUCCACGCCAAGAAGACCGCCACCCUCCCCGCCCGAUCCCCCGCCUCCUUCCUCGCCUUCUUCGCCAGACGAUACCGAAACCACCACCACCACCACCACCAGCACCCGCACAAGGACGCCGUCUCCUGCCUCGCCCUCUACCACGCCGAGGGCCUGCUGUACACGGGCUCCCUCGACCGCACGGUCAAGGCCUGGCGCCUCGCCGACGGCUCCUGCGCCGACUCCUUCCCCGCCCACGACGCCCCGCUCAGCGCCAUGCUCGUCGACCAGGCCGACGGCUGCCUCUUCACCGCCGCCGCCGACGGCUCCGUCAAGGUCUGGCGCCGCGUCCUCGGCGGCGACGGCGCCCACGCCCUCAUCUCCGUCCUCCGCUUCCAGCAGUCCCCCGUCAACGCCCUCGCCCUCGCCCUCGCCGCUUCCGCCCGCUCGACGAUCCUCUACUCGGGCGCCUCCGACGGCUACGUCAACGUGUGGGAGAAGGCGGCCGGCUCGGGCCGGUUCGACCACGCCGGGUUCCUGCAGGGCCACCGCUUCGCGGUGCUGUGCCUCGCGGCGGUGGACUGCGUCGUGAUCAGUGGGUCGGAGGACACCACGAUACGCGUGUGGCGGCGCAGGGAGGGCCCCUGCGGCGGAGGCGGGGGGGGCCUCCACGCGUGCCUGGCGGUGAUCGAGGGCCACCGGGGCCCCGUGCGGUGCAUGGCGGCCACUGUCGAGGUGGAGGCCGAGGCGGAUCACGGCGUGGGCCUGCUGCUGUACACCGCGAGCCUGGACCGGACGGUGAAGGUGUGGAGGAUAAAGGUGAUGGGUAAAGACGAAGAAGACGAAGUAGAAGACGACGAUGACGAUGACGACGAAGACCACGACCACGACCAAGGCUUCAGAGGAGCCGCUUAG